AGCCAGCUACCAGGAAAGCACCACGAGAUCCUGUGGCAGAGCACACCUGGGCAGACAGCAGGGCAGGGGGCUUCAACGCUCAGGGUUCCUCUGGGAAGCCUCUGGGCUCAUCUUAUGAAUCAGGUUCCCGCGCCCGUUGCUGCUGACACCCCUGAACGCGUCUCCGGGCAGCCCAGGGUGCCGGUGCCACAGCGCGGGGGCCGAGUCACUGCUAGAGGCUUGAAGCCGGAGAGCGCGAGGGCGCUGUGCGCGCACCAGCGAGCACGUGUGUGGGGGGGCACGUGUGCACUGCACAUGCUGUGUACAUACAUAGCCUGCCCCCCCCCAGCUCUCCCGCCCACCGCGGGGAUCCGUCCGGAGGGGGAUGCCGAGUGCUGCGCUGGGCGGAGGUGUCUUCAAAAUCUCCUAUCAAAUACAAAAAAUAAUCUGCAACAGUGUUAAUAUCCUGAUUAUAAUAUACCAAGAACAAGAAUGGAAGUAAAUCUAUACAGCAAUUCCACUGUUAUAAACAGUACUUCCAUUAACCACAAACAAUUGGAAGGGCAUAGCCUUUGGGAAGUGAUUACAAUUGCUACUGUUACAGCAAUUGUAAGCCUAAUAACUAUAGUGGGAAACAUUCUUGUAAUGAUAUCCUUCAAAGUCAACAGUCAGCUGAAAACUGUUAACAAUUACUACUUACUCAGCCUUGCUUGUGCAGACCUCAUCAUUGGAAUAUUUUCUAUGAAUCUUUACACAUCGUAUAUACUAAUAGGCCAUUGGUCUCUUGGAAGUCUGGCAUGUGACCUGUGGCUAGCACUGGACUAUGUAGCUAGUAAUGCCUCAGUAAUGAAUCUGCUGGUUAUCAGCUUUGAUCGAUACUUUUCUAUCACAAGGCCUUUAACCUACAGAGCUAAGCGUACACCCAAAAGGGCUGGCAUCAUGAUUGGUCUAGCUUGGUUAAUUUCCUUUAUUUUGUGGGCACCUGCAAUCUUAUGUUGGCAGUAUUUUGUGGGGGAGCGAACAGUCCCACCUGAAGAAUGCCAGAUCCAGUUUUUGUAUGAACCUAUUAUCACCUUCGGUACUGCAAUUGCUGCUUUCUACAUCCCGGUGUCAGUGAUGACUAUUUUAUAUUGCCGUAUUUAUAAAGAAACUGAGAAACGUACCAAGGACCUUGCUGAACUUCAAGGGUCUGAUUCCAUAGCAGAGCUUGAGAUGAUAACGCCCCAGAAAACUCUUCUAAAGUCCUGCUUUAGUUGCAAGCAACAGAAUUUAGCCAAAAGGGAAAGGUGUCAGGCUUCCUGGUCUUCAUCUAGUCGGAGCACUUCAGCCACAGUGAAAGCUUCUCAGACACCAAGUUCUUGUAAUGACUGGUCUAAGGCAGACCAGCUAACAACCUGCAGUAGCUAUGCAUCCUCAGAAGAAGAGGACAAACAUGCCACUGAUUCUGUCUUUCAAGGAACUUACAAAGGCCCAGUGAAAGAUAAGGAAGAAGAAUUUAAUGAGGAAGAGAAUAAAGAAGAUUUUAUCAAAGACCAGCCUGAGGAAAAUGAUUUUGAAACCCAGAAAUACUUUUUAUCUCCAGCCAAAGGCCAUAUGCAAAAAAGUAAAAAAUGUGUGGCCUACAAAUUCCGCUUGGUGGUUAAGGCUGAUGGCACCCAAGAAACAAAUAGCGGUUGCCGAAAAGUAAAAAUAACUCCCUGUUCUGCUGCUUUGUCAAAAGAGCCUUCCAUCAAGAGCAUGGAUCCAAAUAUAAGUAACCAAAUCACAAAAAGGAAAAGAAUGGUCCUGAUAAAAGAACGCAAAGCAGCCCAGACUUUAAGUGCCAUUCUUCUGGCAUUUAUCCUCACUUGGACUCCCUACAACAUAAUGGUUUUGGUCUCCACAUUCUGCUCUGAUUGCAUCCCAGUAACACUGUGGCACCUUGGUUAUUGGCUGUGCUACGUGAAUAGCACUGUUAACCCCAUCUGUUAUGCUCUCUGUAACAAAACUUUCAGGAAGACUUUUAAGAUGCUGCUUUUCUGUCAGUGGAAAAAAAAAAAAGUGGAAGAGAAAUUAUAUUGGCAGGGGAAUACCAAACUGCCAUGA